AUCAUGGUGUGGGAGGUGGUAAAACCAGCUAUGCUGUCAAAAGACCCUAAAAAGCACAACAUACAGGAAGAUGAGCAGAUGGAACAUAUAGGCCUUCAAUUGGGAGAGAACGGACACGCUGCUGACUGCGGAGCCUGCAGCGGCAGAAAGAGCAGGGAGGGAGAGGCUGCCAGCUCUGAACGAGKAAUAAACACUCAUGGAGACCAGUCCCAUGGUCCUUUGCUUUGUGACAAACACUUCAUGUCCUCCCCCGGCAUCCCCACCAGCGACACCUACAUGGAAUAUGACGAUCUUCCAGAUCUGCAGGAGGUUCAGGAGGAACCGACGGCUCUGCCCGUCUUCCAGGUAGAGGUGGGCGUGUCGCACCAGGAGCGACACGCCCACACGCAGACACCGCCUCCGGACGCCCUGUGGCUCACACAGCUGGCGCACAUCGCCACCGGGCCUCAGAGCCCGCUGCUGCAGGAYCCCGCUCACAGCAGCUUCUCUUCACUCAACACCCCGAGCACCAGUAGCAGCAGCGAUCUCCACUCCUACGCUCGGCCCCCUCCUGUUCUCCCGAGCAGCGCAGCGUCACCCCCCACAGCUCCCAGCAGGGAGCGCCGACGCAGCAGGAUGAGCAGCGAGUGCGGCUCUGCAGUCUCCACCAGGUCGUCUCUGUCUGAUGAUGAAGACAUGGGCUGGAGUUUCUCCUGGCCUCCUACAGCCUGGCACUGUUUCCUUAAAGGAACUCGCCUGCGUUUCCACAGCAGCUCAAACGUAGAGUGGCAGGACGUGGAGGACCUGGGGUCUGGUGAAACGGACCGUGGCGACGAGGAGCGCUCAGGAUUUCUGAAGAGUUACGGCUCUGAGGGGCUGCAGCUGGUGGAGCACGAAGAGACGGUGCUGUCUGGUCAGGCAGUCCUGCAGUUAACCUUCGACCCCGGGGUGUUUGGACACACCCCCAUCACCGCCCGGUGCCAGCUGGACCACCCCUUCUACGUGAAAAACAAAGGGUGGUCGUCAUUUUACCCCAGCUUGACUGUGGUGCAUUAUGGGAUACCAUGCUACGAAACUGAAGUAGGAGAUGUGUGCCUGCCUCCUGGACACAGAGAUGCUAAACAUACAGACGAUUCACUCGUCUUUGACACGUUCAGAAGUUACGACUUCACUCCUCUGGACUCAUCUGCCGUUUACGUGCUGAGCAGUAUGGCGAGACGCCGGCGCGCCUCACAGUCCAGCGGGGGAGCUGUUUCUCCUCACAGAGACACUUUCCCAGAAAGCAACAGUCCCAGCCAUUCUCAGACCCGACACCACAAGCCAGCGAAGACCCAGUCGGUCAGAGCGCAGGGAGGCGGAGUUGCCCCGCCCAGUAAGUGCAAGCGGCCAAUGAACGCCUUCAUGCUGUUCGCCAAGAAGUUCAGAGUGGAGUACACACAGAUGUAUCCUGGCAAAGACAAUAGGGAUCCCAAGGACACUAGUGCCACGGAGAAGAGCCUGUAGAACACACACUUCCACACACACAUAUUCAGACACAAGAUCCUGACUCUUCAGUGUCUCUUUUAUGCUUGAAACAGUUGGAGGUUGUGGUGCUGUAGCAUUUUAGCCAAAGUAUAUAAUAGCUCGUCUUCUAACUUUUACGUUCUGUGAAAUCUCAAUUUGCGCGACGCGUUUUUCUUACCUGUGUUACUUGGAAUAGAAGUUGAAUAGAAACAUAUUUAUCUUUGCUUUAAUAGAACUGACCUCACAGCCUUCAGCAGAAGUCAACCUGAAGGAUAGUUCAGAAGUGGGGUUCUGUGGAACAAAAACAGUAAAUAUCUUAUCUGUUGUAGAUAACUUUUUAGAGUUUAAUUUUAUGGGACAAAUAAGCAAACUUAAGUAGAUUGUUGCCUUCUUAUAAAACAACUUUAAAAUUGAUGGGACUAGGCAUUAGCUCAUCAAUUCGACUCCAACUUGACGUCGCUGCACGAACUUUUGUACAUCAGAAAAUAUAUUUAUUGUUUAUACUUUUUUUCACAAAACCCCACUUGAACUGUCACUUUAAUGUUAAAUGUUUUCACUGAACUAAAUGUUUGGUGUCACAUUUUUGUCUUCUCCAAAUUUUAUAGCAUGUCUCCUUAAAGAGAUGUUUGUAGACCAUWUCCUGGAAACGGGUUGAAUGUCCUGCAUCCUGGGAGUUCAACCAAAGAUGGUUUCUACUUGAAAACGUUAAGAUUUUGAUCAAAUUUCACCAUUUCUGUGUGCCAAAAUGACCCCCCUGCAAUGUGUUUAAAGUAGGUUUGUGUAAAGGAGGAUUUUUUUAUCUUUCAAGCUAAAUUUUCUCCACAAACUAUUAAUUUCUGCUCUUGUGACAAAAUUUAAAACGAAAGAUUUUUGACUUUUUGGUCCCAUUUCUAUUGUCACUGAGCGGUAAUUUAUGUUAGUGGAGCCAACAGCCAUGAAUUGGAUUCAAUUUAUUAUCUGUAAUAUUCACUUUACYUUUUGUGUGUUUACAUGCACCCUUAAAAGGUUUCCAUAUAUAUUUGCAUCCUACAACUAAAAUGCAAAACUAAGUUAGUUCUUAAAAAUCAUGUUUUGUUCUGAUUGGUCUGCUCCAGUGGUCCGGUCAUGACCCACUAACCCAGAUUAUAAUAUGGUAAAUAUGGUACAUGACUCAGCACAUUUUCAUAGUAAAAGCACUUUUAAGAACAGGAAAAUUUCUAUUUAAUUCUACAUAAACAGGAUUUUACUUCCAAAAGCUUUGGUCACACAGUUACAGCUUAAUGUGGAARCUUCAGUGCCUUGUUUCCUCCAAACAUUAUUUGUUUUUGUAUAUAGAAAGAAGCUGCUAUUAUGUGAAUUUGUAAAAUUAAGAUGGAACUUCAGAAAGCAARUCCUAGUAGAAAAGCAACUGCUCUUAGUAAAAGCUAAAACCGCUGUUUAAAGUAUGUAUUUUGUACCUUACAGGGUGCAUUCAUAGUAUUUYUGUGUAAUUUUGUCUGUAGAUUUUCAGUUUGACAGCAUUAGCUUUGUGUUAGCAUUAGCUUGUGAGCAUGUGUGAGAAGAACCAAACUCAUUUGUUUAAUUUAGGCAUAYGUACUCAUGUCUGUUGAUGCCACACAGCACAAAAAAGUGAAAAUUUUUCAUUAUUUUUACUUGUUUUUACUAUAUUUUUUUUCUUGUUACAACAUUUUCACAUUACUACAAUGUGUCUACCUAUCAUGUUAAAAUGUGAUUAAUUCUCACAUUCAAACUAUGUUUUUACAUAUUAUAAAAAUAUAUUGUAUUAAUGUGAUUUUUUUUGUUUCAUGUGUUGUAAUUUGAAAACAAUUUAUUACACGAAAUCUAUAUUGUAAGAGUAUGAACAAUUUCAUAUUGCAUUAUAAAAAAUACAAAACAGGAAAAAAAUUUUUUUGUUAGGAAUAGCAUCAAUAUUCUUCCAUACAAACCAUAUGUAAACUUUAGGUGAAUAGGUGAAGAAAAACCUACUAAAUUCAACCGGAAUUAAAGUUAAACUUCCAAUAYGUUUGUGACAAGUAUUGCAAGAAAUGCAAGGUUUUAAAUAUCAGAUUAGUGACAAAGAAAAUCACUAAUAAGCAAAUCAGUCUGAAAAAAAUCUGAAGCUGGAAACCAUUUGUAAUGAAUUAUUUGUGCUCAUUUCAACCAACUAGAAUGUUAAAAUAGUUUGUCUACAAGUAAUCUGACCAAUCAGCAACAUAAACAGAUUUAUUUAGGAAACGUGAAUUACUUGAAGUUUUGCGUGCAUGUGAACACAGCCAGUACUUUUGGAGUUUCACAGGUGUAGAGAUGCAGCUGUGAGUCUUUGAAAACAUUGUAACAGAAAAAUUGUAAAUAAAUCCUCUUUUUAAGCGGAUGAAGACCAAGUGGUCCCUCAUCAUCUCACUAAUGAGGUUUAUUUUAAUGCACUGUAUACACUUUAUCUUCAGUGACUGCUAAUGUUAAAUGACAAAUAUGCAUAAGUAUAUAUAAAUAUAUAUAUAUAUUUUUUGGUUUGACUUAAUCUUUGAUAACAUUUGGUAAUUGUGCUUUGGAUUAUUUGUCUUGGCUAUGAUGUCAUGUAAAGGUCAAUCACUGCCACAAAAUGUAUUCAUGUCAAAAUAAAAGCACAAUAACUAA